UAUUCUUUUUUUUUUUUUUUUUUGAGACGGAGUCUCGCUCUGUCACCCAGGCUGGAGUGCAGUGGCGCAAUCUCGGCUCACUGCAAGCUCCGCCUCCCAGGUUCACGCCAUUCUCCUGCCUCAGCCUCUCCGAGUAGCUGGGACUACAGGCGCCCGCCACCACGCCCGGCUAAUUUUUUGUAUUUUUUAGUAGAGACGGGGUUUCACCGUGGUCUCGAUCUCCUGACCUCGUGAUCCGCCCGCCUCGGCCUCCCAAAGUGCUGGGAUUACAAGCGUGAGCCACCGCGCCCGGCCUAAUUUUGUUAUUCUUUUUCCAAGAUUGUUUUUGCUAUUUUGGGGCCCCUUGCAAUUCCAUGUGAAUUUGGAGACCUGCUUUUUCAUUUCUGCAAAAAAAGCCAUUGCAAUGUUGACAGAGAUUGCACUGAAUUUGUAGAUCAUUUUGGCUAGUAUUUACGUCCUAGCAAUGUUGUCUACCUAUGAACAUGACAUUGGCUUUCCAUAGAUUUGUUUCUUGAACUUCUUCCUCAAUAUUUUGUAGUUUUUAGCAUACAAAUCUUUCACUUCCUUGGUUAGACUUAUUUCUAGGUAUUUAAUUCUUUUGGAUGCUAUUGUAAAUAGAAUUGCUUUCUUAAUUUCCUUUUCAUAUUGUUCAUUGCUGCUGUAUAGAAAUACAAAUAGCGAUUUUCACGUUAAUCUUGUAACCUGUAACUUUGUUGAAUUUUUGUAUUAGCUGUAGUAGCUUUUUGUGUAUUCUUUGGAAUUUUCUCUAUAUAGGAACAUGUUACCUGUGAAUAGAGAGAGUUUUACCUCAUCCUUUCCAAUUUGAAAGUCUUUCAUUUAUUUAUUUUUUGUUGGUUGUCUCUGUUGCUGUCACUGGAACUUGCAGCAGAGUGUUGAGUGGACAUGGCAGCAGUGGGCACCCUUGUCUUCUUCCUGAUCUUGGGGAAAAUGUUCAGUCUUUUGCCAUUGAGUAUGAUGUUAGCUGUGGGUUUUUCAUAAAUACUUUGUAUCACUUGAGGAAUUUUCUCCCAUCCUUGUUUUCCAAUAACUUUUUUCUGAAAGGGUAUUGCAUUUUCAGAAGCCCUUUCUGCAUCGAUUGAGAUGAUUGUGCGGGUUUUCUCCCUUCGUUCCGCUAAUGCAGUGCAUGACACUGACUGAUUUUCUUACACUGAACCACCCUGUGUUCUUGGGAUAAAUCCCACUUGGUCAUGGGGAAUAGUCCUUUUAACAUACUAUUUCCUAACAUUUUUUUGAGGUUUUUUGCAUCUGUAGUCAUAAGGGAUAUUGGUGUGUAGUUUUCUUUACUCACAAUGUCUUCAUCUGGCCUUGGUAUCCGAGAAGUGCUGGCCUCCUGCCAUAUGUUAGGAAGCGUUCCCUCCAUUCCAGUUUUUAAAAAGAGUUUGUGAAAGCGAUCUAUCUACUCUUCUGACUUCUAAGCAUGGACACAUUUCCUGGCCCAGUCCUGGUUCCUCCUCCCCUGUCCGCACACUUAGUUCUACCUGUUUAGACACACCUGCGUGGUAAAUGGUUCUAGAACCACAUCUCCAACCCAACUGCUACUCCAAGCACCAAACUCAUACAGCAGUCAGUCCACUCAGUAUGUUCAAUAGGCAUCUCAAUCUUAAUAUGGCAUUUACCCCCAGACAUGCCUCUCCAGUCUCUCCCAUCUCAGCCAAUGGAAACACCUUCCACCUGCUGGUCAGGCCCCAAAUCCUUGAAUUGCUGUGUUGGUGCUGACUCUUGCCUGCAGACAGCAGAAUCCGCUAUAGCUAACUUAAGCAGUGAAGGAUAUGUGUGAAGCCAUUGGGUAGAUCAUAGCAUCCAUGGGAGAGUCAGGAAACCAGAACAGCGAGAAACAACCACAACCCUGGAGAAACGCCCAGCCGUGCUGUAGGACUGUGUUAGGGAAACCCCCCUUCCCGUCCCCUGCUGCUCAGCACCAACAAUGCCAGGGACAGGACUCAGAAGAACCAAACACCUCAACACCCAUCUGCUGUGUCCAGCCUGAUUCCUGUGUUCCUUCCACAUCUCACGUGGUGCAUCUCCUGGCAAAACCAGGCACAUCUGCACACCAGCUGCAAGGGAUCCCAGCGUGUGGCGUUAUGGCCUCCAACUUCUGCACACGGAGGGGGGGGUCACUAAUUCAGUGUCUGCCUCUGUGCUCUUUGGGUUCUCUUUCCACAGCCAGCUUUUCAGCAGUCCUGCCCCCUCUGCCUUUACAUGUCCUGCUUUGACCAUUUCCCAUGACCUCUGUCACUCCCCCGGAACCCAACCUCAUCACUUUCACCAAGAUCAGGCAUCCACUUCCUGAUCUCCUGCCUCAGCCUGCUGAGCUCUCUGAAAUGUAAGUCAGAACAUGUCACUUCCUUUCUAACUCCAUCCCCUCUGAGUGUCCCCACAUUCACUGUGUUUGUGAGCUCAGCAGAUCUGCCUCCCCCCCCACCCCAUAGGGCCUUUGCACAGGUGGCUGGCUGCUUUGCCUAGAAGUCCCAGGUAGCUUCCUCUCAGUGUCUGCUCAGCCUGCCCCAUCGGAGGCCUUCCUUGACCGGAUUUGUGUUUUCUGUCCACUGGUUUAUUUUCCUCCACUGGAAUGUCAGCUUCCCAAAGAUGGGGGCUGUGCUGUGACUGACCAGUAGUUGAUCAGUAAGUACUUUGUGAAUAAACGAAGCUAUGUUAGUAGUACAUGUUUUGGAAAAACUUCCUAGAAAACAUCACUAAUUCCAUGGAUCCAUGGCAAAGAAGGAACCAGAUCAGUAGAAAUGGGCUGGAGAAGCUCACAAAGGACUCCCGGGCUGAGAAAGCCCCACACGGUCCCACUUUCUGCAUAGUGGAGGUGUGGCAGGGGUGAGCUUCUACCACUGGCCCCAAGUCUCCAGUAAGAGUGAGAUUCCGGGCUGCACCCUGACCAGGCGCCUGGGUCACUGCUGACCGUCCCGGAGGUGCUGAACAGGGAUGAAGCUGUUUAUUCUGGAGGCAUGCCAGCAUUCUUGGGUCCUGCUCUGGCAGGAGCUGUGGGGCCACACAGGCUUAGGUGGCUCCCAUCCUGGACAGCACCGUGGGCAGUACUGUCACGGGGACGGGCUGGGAGGAGGGUGAGGCAGGAGUGUUGGGGGCCUCAGGGAGGGGCCAGCACAGAGGGACACCCAGAUGCCCAGCACAGAGGGCAGGAACAGGUCAGCUCCCUGCCUGGGCUCAGGGAUGGGGCUGGAGGUUCUAGGAAGCAGAGCAAGUGAGCAGGACAGGGAACAGUGAGAACACAGGUGUAGAUGGAGAAUCAAGGGGGGGCGCAGCCAGGGAUUCCAGGGAGUAGACAGAAACUUAAGGGAGGGUGGCCUCGAUGGGAAUCCCAGGGAGGUGUGGACAGGGAUCCUAGGGAGGAGUAGACAGAGACUCAAGGGAGGCCUCGACGGGGAUCCCAGGGAGGCUGCCUGCUGCGUAGGAGGGAGGCUCCCGGCUGUGUCCCUGACCUUCAUCCACUCUGUAACGUGACAAAACGGAGCAUUGUCUGUAAAUGAGCACGUCUGUGCCGCAGUUUUUGGGAUGGUGCCAGGGUAGGGGUGAGAGACAAGAAGUUGAGGGGAGGUUUCUAGAUGGAGGUGGGGUCCCUGUGAAGCCCUCCUGGACGGGGUGGACCUUAUGAGACCCUCCCUAGCUGAAUUCCCAGCAGGAAGCCGGUGCUCAGAGCACCCUGGACUAACGGGCGGGAGAGGGACUUUGUUUUGGGAGGCUCUUUGUAGAUCAAGGCAUUAAAAUUGCACCUUUGGGGAAAGCGUGUUCCAGAGCACCAGACACCCUGAGGCACCCUGAGUCGCUGGGAGGUGUGACGGAAUUCGGGGCCCUCGCUGAAGCCCUUCAUUCUCCAGGCCAGGCGCGGGGUGGCACGCAGUUCCCUCAGCGGCCCCCGGACGGAGGAGAGGGCCCGGGCCGUCCACACCCGCAGAGAUCUGAAGCUGGUCCGCCUAGACCAGGGGAAAUCAGGGUCCCGUCCGGGUACACUGGCAGAACUCAGGGGUCAGAUCCUCUGCCCUGGAGCAUUCAGAUUUGUGCCUCUACCUUAUGGAAACCAGGGGCCCGUCCGGGUGCAGCGCGGCAUCCACAAAAUGGCAGGUCCCCGAGCUCCGGGCUCCGAGAGAACAAAAGCAGAAGCCACCGCCGCCCGCGGUCGGGGAGGAGCCGCCCAGGUGGGCGCGUCCGGGGCCAGGCGGAAGCUGCACAGCCGGGUCGAGGGGAGACGCCCCGCCCAGGCCGGACCCUCGGAGCCUCCUCGGGGCGACCCCGGCCCCGCCCCUCUCUCGCCCGGAUCGGGCGGGGCCCCGGGAACGCGCCCAACUAAGGCGGCUUCCGCCCAGCGCACAGCGGGACCCGCCGGAGUUUGGGGAAAGCGGCGGAGUUCGGGAGACCCAGGGCCAGCAUGGGUCUCAGCACAGCAGACGGCGGGGGCAGCCCGGGCGCCGAGGAUCUGGAAUCUCUUGAUGCCUAUAUCCAGAGGACGCUGUCUGCCUUGUACCCACCAUUUGAAGCCACGGCAGCCACGGUUCUCUGGCAGCUGUUCAGCAUGGCCGAGAGGUGCCACAGUGGGGACGGGCUGCACUGCCUCACCAGCUUCCUCCUCCCAGCCAAGAGGGCCUUGCAGCACCUGCAGCAGGAAGCCUGUGCCAGGUACAGGGGUCUGGUCUUCCUGCACCCAGGCUGGCCGCUGUGCGCUGAUGAGAAGGUGGUGGUGCAGCUGGCGUCCCUGCACGGAGUCAGGCUCCAGCCCGGGGACUUCUACCUGCAGGUCACAUCGGCGGGGAGGCAGUCAGCUAGACUGGUCUUGAAAUGCCUGUCCCGGCUGGGAAGGGGCACAGAGGAAGUCACCAUCCCUGAGGCCAUGUAUGGUUGCGUCUUCACGGGGGCGUUCCUGGAGUGGGUGAACCGGGAGCGGCGCCACGUCCCCCUGCAAACCUGCUUGCUGACCUCAGGCUUGGCCAUCCACCGAGCCCCGUGGAGCGACCUCACUGACCCUGUCUUUGUCCCCAGCCCUGGAGCCAUCCUGCAGAGCUGCUCCAGCUGCACAGGUCCUGAGCGGCUGCCCAGCAGCCCCUCAGAGGCCCCAGUCCCCACCCAAGCCAUGGCAGGCCCCCAUUUCCAGGGAAGCACCUCUUGCCCCGACACCCUGACCCCACCCUGCCACCGAGGGCGUACGGGCAGCGACCAGCUCAGGCACCUUCCUUACCCAGAAAGAGCCGAGCUGGGAAGCCCCAGGACCCUGUCUGGAAGCUCAGACAGGGAUUUCGAAAAGGUCAGCCCCUCAGAGCAGAGCCCACGGAUGCCCCCUGAGAAUGGGGGGUUGGGGGAGAGGCCGGACGCUGUGGAUCAGGAGGAUGGCCCCAAGGCCCUCACCUUCCACACAGACCUGGGCAUCCCGAGCAGCAGGAGGCAGCUGCCGGGGGACCCCACUUUUGUGCAGCCUAGACGCUGGUUUAGGGAGUCAUACAUGGAGGCCCUGCGGAACCCCAUGCCCUUGGGCAGCUCUGAGGAGGCCGUCGGGAACUCGGCCUGCAGCUCCCUGGCUGGAGCCAGCAGGGACCUGGGGACUGGGGCAGCAGCCAGUGGGACCCAGGAGGAAACCUCCGGCCCCCGGGGAGACCCCCAACAGACCCCAAGUGUAGAGGAGAGGCACAUGCCCAGCCGGGCAGGUCAAGGAGCUGCAGGGCGGACCCUUCCGAGGAGAUCUCGGUCCCAGGAAAGGGCACCCAGAAGCUCCGGAGGGGCCCAGGCUGCAGCCUGCCACACCUCCCACCACUCAGCAGGCGCCAGGCCUGGGGGCCGCCUAGGAGGACAAGCUGUGGGGACCCCAAACUGUGUCCCGGUAGAGGGUCCCGGCUGCACCAAAGAGGAAGACGUUCUUGCGUCCUCAGCCUGUGUCAGCACAGACGGCGGCAGCCUCCAUUGCCACAACCCCAGCGGGCCUUCCGAUGUGCCUGCCCAGCAGCCACACCCUGAGCAAGAAGGGUGGCCACCCAGCACAGGAGACUUCCCCAGCCAGGUGCCCAAGCAGGUGCUGGACGUCAACCAGGAGCUGCUGCAGUCUGGGGUCAUCACCCUCCCAGGGACCCGAGACCGUCACGGCAGAGCAGUGGUGCAGGUCCGCACCAGGAGCCUGCCCUGGACCAGGGAACACUCGUCCUGCGCUGAGCUGACCCGCCUGCUGCUGUACUUCCAUAGCAUCCCCAGGAAGGAGAUCCGGGACCUGGGGCUGGUCGUCCUGGUGGAUGCACGCAGGAGUCCAGCCGCCCCUGCCGUCUCCCAGGCCCUCGCGGGAUUGCAGAACAACACAUCUAUAAUUCAUAGUAUCUUGCUGUUGGUAGAUAAAGAAUCUGCAUUUAGGCCUGACAAGGAUGCAGUAAUUCAGUGUGAGGUCGUGAGCUCCCUGAAGGCCCUGCACAAAUUUGUUGACAGCUGCCAGCUGACUGCAGACCUCGAUGGCUCCUUUCCCUACAGCCAUGGUGACUGGAUCUGCUUCCGUCAGAGGCUGGAACACUUCGCUGCAAACUGCGAAGAAGCCGUCAUUUUCCUACAGAAUUCAUUCUGCUCCCUGAACACCCACAGAACCCCAAGAACAGCCCAGGAAGUCACCGAGUUAAUUUACCAGCACGAGACGAUUAUGAAGCUUGUCCUGGAAGACCCACUGCUCGUGUCUCUCAGGCUGGAGGGGGGCACCGUCCUGGUGCGGCUGAGGAGAGAAGAGCUUGGCACAGAAGACAGCCGGGACACCCUGGAGGCCGCCACAAGCCUGUACGACCGAGUGGACGAGGAGGUGCACAGGCUGGUCCUCGCCUCAAACAAUCGCCUCCAGCAGCUGGAGCGCCUCCAGGAGCUGGCGUCACUCCUGGAAGGGAAUGACCAGGUCCAUGCGCUUGCCCUCAUGAGGGCCUCCAGACAAAGACAUGCAGCAGGGGCGCGAGGCAGUGUGCACGCUCCCGGCCUCCCCACGACUGACCCCAGCUCCCAGACGUUGGCCAGGGGCCCAGCUGGUCCAAUCCCUGGGGCAGGAGCAGGAACCCCACACCAGCAAUCCUGCCAGAAAGGACUACAGCUGGCGAAGGAGAACCCGCAACAUACAGAGGAAAUGGUCCAGGAUUUCAGAAGGGGCCUGAGCGCCGUGGUCAGCCAGGCUGAGUGCAGGGAGGGAGAGCUGGCCAGGUGGACCCGCCCGUCCGAGUUGUGCAAGACGGUGAGCAGCUGGAUGGGGCCCCUGGACCCGGAGGCUUAUCCCUCCUCACCUGUGGCUGAGUGUUUGAGGAGCUGUCACCAGGAGGCUACCUCAGUGGCUGCAGAGGCCUUCCCCGGGGCAGGUGUGGCAGUGCUGAAGCCUCAUGCCCUGGGGAGACCGUGGGCAUCACAGCAAGACCUGUGGCUGCAGUGCCCCCAGACCCGGCUCCAUCUGGAAGAGGCCCUUUCUGAGGCCGCCCCAGGCCCCAGCACGGACACUGAGGGUGGUGCCUGGGAACCCACCCGACCACUGUCCGGCCUCCCUGGACGAGCGCUUCUGUGUGGACAGGAUGGGGAGCCCCUGGGCCCAGGGCUGUGUGCUCCAUGGGACCCACUAUCCCCCCUCGGGGGCCUUCCAGGGGCAGGGGCCACCACGGCCCACCUGGAGGACAGCUCUGCCUGCUCCUGUGAGCCCACCCAGGCCCUGGCCAGCCGCCCCAGGAAACAUCCCCAGAAGAAAAUGAUAAAGAAAACGCAAAGUUUUGAGAUACCUCAGCCCGACAGUGGCCCCAGGGACUCCUGCCAGCCAAGCCAUACUGGUGUCUUCAGCAAGGGCCUGGAGGUAACCAGCACUGUAGCCACGGAGAAGAAGCUCCCGCUGCAGCCGCGUGCCAGGAGCCCCCCAGUCACUCGGAGCCAGAGUCUGUCCUCCCCCUCGGGGCUCCACCCUGCUGAGGAGGACGGGAGGCAGCAGGUGGGCAGCAGCCGACUGAGGCACAUCAUGGCCGAGAUGAUCGCCACAGAGAGGGAGUACGUUCGGUGCUUAGGAUAUGUCAUCGACAACUAUUUUCCAGAAAUGGAAAGAAUGGACCUGCCCCAGGGCCUUCGAGGGAAGCACCACAUUAUUUUCGGCAACUUGCAGAAGCUCCACGACUUCCACCAGCAGCACUUCCUCCGGGAGCUGGAGCGCUGCCGGCACUGCCCCUUGGCCGUGGGCCGCAGUUUCCUGAGACACGAAGAGCAGUUUGGGAUGUACGUGAUCUACAGCAAAAACAAGCCACAGUCGGAUGCCCUGCUCAGCAGCCACGGCAACGCCUUCUUCAAGGACAAGCAGCAGGAGCUGGGUGACAAGAUGGACCUGGCCUCCUACCUGCUGCGGCCCGUGCAGCGUGUGGCCAAGUACGCGCUGCUGCUCCGGGACCUGCUCGAGGAGGCCAGCCGUGGCCUGGCCCAGGGGCAGGAGCUGGGCGAGCUCCGAGCCGCCGAGGUCGUAGUCUGCUUCCAGCUGCGUCACGGCAAUGACCUGCUGGCCAUGGACGCCAUCCGCGGCUGCGACGUGAAUUUGAAGGAACAGGGGCAGCUGAGAUGCCGGGAUGAGUUUAUCGUUUGCUGCGGGAGGAAGAAGUAUCUGAGGCAUGUGUUCCUCUUUGAAGACCUCAUCCUGUUUAGCAAGACCCAGAAGGUGGAGGGCGGCCACGACAUCUACCUGUACAAGCAGUCUUUCAAGGCGGCGGAAAUCUCAGGACACCUACAUUCUCCAAGCAAGCUCAGCAGAGGUCAAGAGCGCGUGGACCGAUGUCAUAGGGAGGAUCCUGUGGCAGCAGGCGCUAAAGAGCAGAGGUUGGACACGCCAUUUCCAAGGCCUCAUGGCUUCGUUUUUCUUGGUUACUGCCUUGGGCUCCCUGGGAGAGAUCUCCAUGAUGCCGAAAACCGGAACGAACUCAGAAUCCAAGAAAUGGCAUCCAUGGGGAUAGGCAACCAGCCAUUCAUGGAGGUCAAGCCCGGCGACCGGGCCCCUGACUGUGCAGUGAUGAGCGACCGGGCCCCCGACAGCAUCGUCAAGGGCACAGAGUCACAAAUGAGAGGGUCCACAGCAGUGUCCUCCUCUGACCAUGCCGCCCCCUUCAAGCGACCACACUCCACCAUCUCAGACAGCAGCACCUCCUCUUCUAGCAGCCAGUCCUCCUGCAUCCUGGGGUCGCUGGGCCUGCUUGUGUCCUCCAGCCCAGCCCACCCGGGCCUGUGGAGCCCUGCCCUCAGCCCCUGGUCAUCUGACAUCAGAGCCUGCAUCAAGGAAGAUGAGCCACAGCCAGAACUGGAGACGGGCACCCAGGCUGCAGCGCGUGAGGGGGCUCCUGCUGUGCUGCUGAGCCGCGCACGCCAGGCCUGACGACUGUCAGGGUGGCAGUGCCCAUCGCGUAGCUGGAACGAUACAUAGGGAGCAGCACGCCAGGCCUGAUGACUGUCAGGGUGGCAGUGCCCAUCGCGUAGCUGGAAUGAUACAUAGGGAGCAGCAUGCCAGGCCUGAUGACUGUCAGGGUGGCAGUGCCCAUCGCGUAGCUGGAAUGAUACAUAGGGAGCAGCACGCCAGGCCUGAUGACUCUGGGGGUGGCAGUGCCCAUCGCAUAGCUGGAACGAUCCAGAGGGAGCAGCACAGCAGGUGUCCAGGUAUUUCCCAGGAUUUUAGACACUCCCUAACAUUUUCAAACAAAUUUAAAAUUUUGUCUUAUUUAAAAAACAAACCUUCCACUUCCACCCAAGACAACAUCAUAGGAAACAAGACCUAAAACAAGACAAAAAAAGACUAAACAUGAAACAAAAGAUAUCAAGACACAAGACAUUUGGCAACAAAGGACUGUGAUCCCUGAGAGACAGGAAAACGGGAGGUGAGCCCAGUGAUGGCCUCAGACCUCCCUCUGCCUUGAAAGUUUGCAGGCCUCAGUGCAGGGAGGGGCCCAGGAAGAGCCCAGCAGCCUCCGUGAGUUGAAAAGACCAAGUCAGCAGGAGUUUGCAGGUCAGAGUGCCAGAGAGAGAUGCCUGCAUGGGGAAGGACUCACCAGAUCAGCCCCUCUAGCACCCGUGGGGUGCUGCCCAUUCGCACACUCAAACAGGGAGGCUACCAAGGCUGGGAGCAACCUUUGAAAAGACCAAAGAUCAAUUCCUGGUACUCAUGUGGGCUGGGGACAGGACCCACUCCCAUCAGCCAGACCAGGAAAACUCCCAAUCUGUGAGCAUUAGGUGGAGUUCUCAGAAAAUCUUGCCUCAAGAGUGGAGAUAAUUAGCCCUAGACUGAGCCCUGCUCCUGACUCACCUACAAAAUCAUAAAAGCAAGACCUAAAAUGAUCAAACUAUUCCCAGAUAAUUCACUCCAUCCCAGAACAAAGCUCCAGAUGAUCUAGGGGUUACCAAAGUGUCCGCACCCUACAAGGUAAGGUGAACUCACAGUGCCUGACCUCGCAGUGCCAGGCGUGCAGAGGAGCAACCAGGGCAAACAUGCCAAGGAGAGUCGCCUGGCAAAGCCAACCACCCAGAGUCGGCGUCGGUGCUAGAAUCACAGAACUCAAACUGUGGCUGAAACCGCAGCCCAGGCGUCCAGAAAGUUAAAGUUAAGAACCUGUAAUCCCAGCACUUUGGGAGGCCGAGGCAGGCGGAUCACGAGGUCAGGAGAUUGAGACCAUCCUGGCUAACACGGUGAAACGCCAUCUCUACUAAAAAUACAAAAAAAUUAGCCGGGUGUGGUGGUGGCCGCCUGUAGUCCCAGCUACUCAGGAGGCUGAGGCAGGAGAAUGUUGUGAACCCAGGAGGCGGAGCUUACAGUGAGCCAAGAUCAUGCCACCGUACUCCAGCCUGGGCGACAGAGCGAGACUGUCUCAAAAAAAAGUUAAGAAAUGACUUAAUGGAAGAGAUUCAGUAGACCCAGACUGACCUUACAGGGAUGAGAAACUACAAUAUUGACAGUGAAACACUAUGCUGGAUGGGGUAACAGAUUGGAUUUCACAGAAGAGACCAUGAGGCACCUUGAAGAUGCAUCAGUGGAAGCUACUUGCAUUAGUUGGGCCUCCAGAGAGACAGAACCAAUAGGAGAUAGCUAGAUAUAUAUACAGACAGAUAGAUCAAUAGAUAGAUAGACAGACUGACAGACAGAUGAGAGGGGCCUUGGGGCAUUGGCUGACAACAAUUUUGGCAGGUCAAGAGCCCCACAAUAGGCCAUCCACAAGCUGGAGACCCAAGGAAGCUGCUAGUGUGGCCCAGUCCAAGUCCUAAAGCCUCAGAGCCAGGGAAGCCAGUGGUGUAAUUCUCAGAGGCCAAAGGCCUGAGAACCUGGGGGCCACUGGUGUAAGUCUGGAGUCCCAUAGACCCAGUGAACUCUCAACACAAGAGAUAUGAGUGCACACCAUAGUCAAAUUGCAUAAAACCAGUGAUAAACAGAAAAUCCUAAAAGCAGUCAGAGGACAAGGGCAUGUUCUGUUGGGAGGCACAGAGCUGAUGAGGCUGGCUGACUCCAGGAGCAGCAUGGGUGAGAGGCAGUUAAAUGUACUAAAGAGAAAAUGCCAAAUUCACAUUCUGUACCUGACAAAAUCCGAAACAAUGGUGACAUAAUGUCAUCACCAGCAGACCUGCACUACAAGAAAUGUUAAAGAAUGUGCUUCAGGGAAAAGAAAAAUGAAGAGCAUGUGCACCAUUCAAGAUUUUCCUCUUGUUAUUUAAAUCCCUUUAGCCCGUCUCCCAUUUGCCCCAAGAAAUGAGUGCUGGCAGUGAGCUGCACUUUUUUUUUUUCUAAACGGGAAAUCGGUUAAAAGAUGAGUGGCUUGGCCGGGCGCGGUGGCUCAUGUCUCUAAUCCCAGCACUUUGGGAGGCUGAGGCCGGAGGAUCACUUGAGCCCAGGAAUUGGGGGUCAUCCUAGGAAACAUGGAAAGACCGCAUCUCUAUUAAAAAUAAAGUUAACUGACUGUUUAAACAAAA